GAAGAAACCGAAGACUGUCAAAGAUACUCUCUGGAAACACCAAAAAGGAAGGAAAAAGCGCGAAGCCGUUUGGUUUGGAAGUGAAAAAGGAAGCGGUACGGGCAGGUGUUCGGGCAGCAGUCCUACCGUCGGGCAAAACCCCCCCACUGAAGCACACGCCCAAAAAGAUAAGCAGUCUCUCUCACACACUCACACAGUGACCCUCUCUCUCUCUCUCUACGUGCAGUGUGCACACAAAGAAACUGAGUAGAGAGAUAAAGAAACAAAGAAAGAGAGAGCUUCUGCUAGAGAGAGAAAAAGCAGUACAACAAAUUACAAAAUAUAUAUAAAUAGUGUUACAUUACAUUACAGAGGUGAAAAGUUUUCAGAGUGAUAAAAAGGGGUGUUUUGAAACAAUAAAAAGAAAAAAAGCCCAGAAAAACAAAAUAAAAGACACAUUUUUUUAGCUGCACUCCGUUUGUGUUUGGGCAGUUAAACAUCGGAAAAUAAAGGAAAAAAAGAUUGGAUUUUGUUUACUGAGGAAGAAAUGUACUGUUUUUAAAGGGAUUUUUUUUUCCAAGCUGCUAAAGAUCAGAUUUUUCUUUUUCCCUGCAGUUGAGGUGGCUUGCUUUGGAGAAUUCAAAAUGGUGUUUUUUGGGGAUAAUGAAUGUUUUGGGUUUGUGGGGUUUUGCUGCAAAUGCUACUCUUAACUGUGUUUUACUUGGAUCUGAGGGAUUGUUUUUUUUUUCUUUUUGAGCUGGUGGUUUAGGGGUGAAUACAUUUAUUUCUGUUAAUGUGUUUGUGGUUUUGAUAUAUUGAUAAUGAAUUUAAGAAUGGGAAGGGAGGGUUUGAUGUCAGUACUUCUCUUGCUGAUCGUGGCGGUUUGUCCAGUGAGGUUCAUAGCUGCUAACAUGGAAGGUUUGUUCUUGUUUUAGUUUUUACUUCAAUUUUCGAAAUCUCUUUGUUGGGGCAUUUCUUGAUUUAUGCAUGUUAGAGCUGUUUCUUUGUUUGUAGGGUUUACGUCUCCAUCUGUGAAUUUCCCUGUUAAAGAUUCAUUUUUUGGCACUUUAUGGCCUGGGAAAAUAACUGUACAUCUUUUACUGGUGAUUCUUUUAAGUUGCUUAAUUCUUAAGAGGAAGAGGAAUAAUUCGCUCGUCUCAGAGCUGGUUUUGUAUAAUUAAUGUUAUAUAAUUAAGGGUCCUGAUCUUUCAGUAUUGUUUUUCUUGUAUACUUUAAUUUCGGUGACUGUUGGAAGCUAUCUCGAGUUGCUAUGGUCAAAUGUGUACCUAAUCUGGCACCACAAUUCAAAUCAUAAUUUUUGCUUGAAAUUUAUGGGUUUUCUCAAAAUGAAUUUUGGUGGCAUAAAGGAUGGCUUUAGCUCAGUGGAAUUCUUUUUUAUUAGUUUAUAAUUUUGGGAGUAAAGAUUGAAGUGCUUUCGACUACCUGCGUAUGGCGAUGUUGGUUAUGGGAGAAGUAUGGAAUUUACUCCGAUCUUUCAUUGUUGCAGGUGAUGCUCUACAUAGCCUGAGGACCAGCUUACAAGAUCCCAACAAUGUGCUACAGAGUUGGGAUCCCACUCUAGUCAACCCAUGUACCUGGUUUCAUGUUACUUGUAAUAACGACAACAGUGUUAUAAGAGUUGAUCUUGGUAAUGCCGCGUUAUCUGGUCAAUUGGUCCCACAGCUUGGUUCGCUGAAGAAUUUGCAGUAUCUGGAGCUUUAUAGCAACAACAUAAGUGGAGAAAUUCCAAGUGAUCUUGGGAACCUUACUAAUUUGGUGAGCUUGGAUCUCUACCUGAACAAUUUCACUGGUCCGAUCCCAGAUACCUUGGGCAAACUGUCAAAAUUAAGAUUUCUUCGGCUCAACAACAACAGUUUGACUGGUCCGAUACCAAUGGCAUUGACGAAUAUAUCGUCUCUACAAGUCUUGGAUCUCUCUAACAACCGCCUUUCUGGUGCUGUUCCAGAUAAUGGUUCCUUUUCCCUAUUUACACCCAUCAGUUUUGCAAAUAAUUUGGAUUUAUGUGGCCCGGUUACUGGUCACCCUUGCCCUGGAUCCCCUCCUUUCUCUCCUCCACCUCCUUUUGUCCCGCCGCCUCCAAUUUCAUCUCCAGGGGGAAAUAGUGCUACUGGAGCUAUUGCUGGAGGAGUUGCUGCAGGAGCUGCACUACUGUUUGCUGCUCCUGCUAUUGCAUUUGCCUGGUGGCGUCGAAGAAAACCCCAGGAAUAUUUCUUCGAUGUGCCAGCUGAGGAGGAUCCGGAGGUUCAUCUGGGGCAGCUUAAGAGGUUCUCCCUUAGAGAACUGCAAGUUGCAACCGAUAGUUUUAGCAACAAAAACAUUCUUGGUAGAGGUGGAUUUGGGAAGGUAUACAAAGGUCGCCUUGCCGAUGGUUCGUUGGUGGCUGUUAAACGAUUGAAAGAGGAGCGUACUCCAGGUGGAGAGUUGCAGUUCCAAACAGAAGUGGAGAUGAUCAGCAUGGCAGUUCAUAGAAAUCUCCUUCGGUUGCGUGGUUUUUGUAUGACUCCAACUGAAAGGUUGCUUGUUUAUCCAUAUAUGGCUAAUGGAAGUGUUGCAUCUUGCUUGAGAGAACGACCACCGAAUGAACCACCUUUGGAUUGGCCAACCAGGAAGCGGAUUGCCUUGGGGUCUGCAAGAGGGCUGUCCUAUUUGCAUGAUCACUGUGACCCUAAGAUCAUUCACCGUGACGUGAAAGCUGCAAAUAUACUGCUAGACGAAGAGUUCGAAGCGGUUGUUGGAGAUUUUGGCUUGGCUAAACUAAUGGAUUACAAGGACACCCAUGUUACAACUGCUGUCCGUGGAACAAUUGGGCAUAUAGCUCCAGAGUACCUGUCGACAGGGAAAUCUUCUGAAAAAACUGAUGUCUUUGGGUAUGGCAUCAUGCUUCUUGAGCUUAUCACUGGGCAAAGGGCAUUUGAUCUUGCCCGACUUGCGAAUGAUGAUGAUGUCAUGUUGCUAGAUUGGGUCAAAGGACUUCUAAAAGAGAAAAAAUUGGAAAUGCUGGUUGAUCCUGACCUCCAAAACAACUACAUCGAGUGUGAAGUUGAGCAAUUAAUCCAGGUAGCUUUGCUAUGCACACAGGGCAACCCUAUGGAUCGACCCAAAAUGUCAGAAGUGGUGAGAAUGCUUGAAGGUGACGGCUUGGCUGAGAGAUGGGAUGAGUGGCAAAAAGUUGAAGUCCUCCGUCAGGAGGUGGAGUUAGCUCCUCACCCGAAUUCAGAUUGGAUUGUGGACUCGACAGAGAAUUUACAUGCAGUUGAAUUAUCUGGUCCUAGGUGAUCUCUUUAUAGGUUUAAUCAAAAAGACAUGAAAUGAUUAGGAUUUGGUUAUAGGAUGCUCUUGUUUGGUGAAAUAUUAGUGAUCAUGGGAAAAAUUAGCCAUCAAUAGCCUGAAAGCCAUUGUGAAUUGUAUUUCAAUUUGUGCAUAGGAAUGUGUAUCGGUAGGCAUUUCAGAAUCUCAACCCUGAUUUCAUGCAUAUAGGCGCAUUUUUGUUACUCAAAAACUUCCUUUGGCUUCAUCUCUCUUUGCUUUCCUUUGCUCUGCAUUGUUUUCUUUCC